AUGAGGCAGAACAAUACGAAACGCGUCCGACCUGCGCUUGAACCACUUUAUGGCGCUAAUAAUUCCCAUCAAACCGUGUCUUCCGCCAAUUCGGCGCUUUCUCCUCCACCGCCGCAUUCCACGAACCCCUCUGGCGUCCGUGACAAUUCGCUGCUGUCGGCCCCGCUGCAGUCGCCUUUUCCAUCCCCAGGUGCGUCGAGUCGCUCGGCUGCUGGAUCACCUGGCCGGCCAACUUCCCCCGGAAGUCGCAGUGUCGCCUUCACCGAACCGUCGACCCUCCCGAUUCUACAGAGAUAUCGUGGUGCUUUGGACUCGUCUACCACGUCCCCGGAGGAUAAGAAGGCGGAAAGCAGUGUCUACUAUACUACGGCCUGGGGUUCCCCGUAUGCCGCACCUAGCCCACGGACACUGUCGUGGUCAUUGAGUCAGAAAGACGCUGUCCUUGACCGCGAUUCGGGAGAUAGCUCUCCAAUCUCAAUUCAGUUCGGGCUCGAGCCGAAUAGGCCUACUAUACUGCGCAGCCUCCCCCCGUCCCAGGGUCCAGUGAUUGAGGUCGGCAGUAAUAGUCUCGAACGUUCCCCGGAACGUAGAAGAGGAAAGUCGAUUCAGGAUUUCACGCAGGAUUGGAUCAACCAAUACCUUUCCGGUCAACAAAGAACUGAGCGAAGCAACUGGUUGAGCGACGAUUCUGGUAGCGAGGCUCCCUCGUUCAUCACGGCCGCAAACCACUUUGCAGACGACGCAUCCGACGACUGGCUUGGGUUAGAACAGGACUCACUAGAUCAGGACCUACUGAAGACCCCUACGCUAGCCGACUUCGUCAACCGAAGAUCUGCUGGUAAGGGAGGACCAGUCCGCAAAAGAAAGGAGCCGCUCCACAAAAGAACUGAUACUCUUCGGCAGGAAGAUUUCUGGGGUUUCGCAUACGACGAAGAUCCACAGCCAAACACGAUGGCCGACACAAAGGAGACGCAACCUGCUGGAGCAGAACACAAGCCUCUCUCGCCAGAUGAGAAGCCUUUACCACCACCUCCAAUAGAAGAAAACGGUCUGACGCCGACGAAGGAGACUCCUACACAAAUUGCUCAAACGGAGGUCGACGUUGAGAAACCGGUUAAGGAUAAACCCCUGCCGCGAAGACAAAAGAAGAAGGUCACGUGGCGCGGAAAAGGAUGCGUUAUUGAGCUCCCUCUAUACGACAAGAGAGGCACAGAAGAGUCUGGAUAUCGGCUGUUGACCGCUGAAGAUGUCAGGCGAGGCUUGCAACAAUGGGAAGAACUAGGUUACGAUGUUCGAGGCUUCAACGUCAGCGCACCAGAGGAUCCCUUCAACUUUGAGCUUGGAGGUGCGAGUCGUCCAUCAUACCCUGAAGAAAGCGAUAUCCAGGAGGAACGGAAGUCUGGAAGCUAUACCGUCAGCUUUCCUAACAAGGCGCUCUGGGAUGAGUAUGUUAAUCAAUUGCAAGAAGAGAAACUACGGGCGUUGGGUGUGUUUGGAGGGGAUGAAGAUGUCCCACCAUCACCGUCACCUGCAUCUGCGCUGAACCCUAUGACACCCUUUCCUGGCCUUGUUGCAUCCCCACCGAUCCCAACUGCAUCAGCUGCUAGCAAUCCUUUAUCAAUGCACCAUCCAUUCUCGCCGCAACUUACACAGGGAGGAAAUAUGAGCAAUGGAAUCGCGUCGCUGGCAUCGCCCGCAUCUCAGUUUGGUGUUCAAACGCCAUUUUACGGUGUCGACCAGAACAUCAUACCAGGAUUCCUUCCUUUCCAGCCAACGCCUCCCGCACAAGGCUCACUUACACCUCAGAGCUUCAUUAACUUGCGUCAAAGCGGGCCUACGUCAACUAUCCCAGGAACUCUGUCCAGUCUUACUUCUAUGUUAUCACCUGUUUCUCCUAUGAACGAUCCAAAUGCUUUCCAUCUUGGGUGGGGUGAUCAGACAAAGCAACAAAAGGACGCUUCCGACGACCAGUAUCAACACCGGAUACACGAUGACUACACCGAGGAUCAACUACGACCCCUGCGAACCCCUCCGCCCAACCCGGAUAACUUCCAUGCGUCUACGGUCGAGAUCGCUCAGCCCACUCCUCGUGGUCAUAGCCGUGGUCAUAAUCUGAGUGAGACGCUUCAGAAGGGCGUUGAUCAAGUCACUUCUGAGUACCACCUGGAGGAUUCUAUCGACAAAGAGCUUGAUGAUGGUGACUACGAUCCAAUGCAUCAUAAUAUUGGGGGACACGGUCUGCUGAACUCUAGGUGGACACUACCGGAGACUAACGCGCCUCAACACAUGGCCCAGCAUUUGAACCAUUUUUACGGAGAUGCCUAUCCUGGGGAGCCAGCUCAUGAAGGUUCUGAUAUCGACACUAACCCUAGCUUGUCUGGGACUCCUCGCCGCAAUGGAUCACUCGCCCACCAGUUCCCUUGGCAUGAGCCAAAACCCAGUAACGGCUCAUUUGCUGGCGGGCACCGUUCGAAACUGUCAACAUCCAGUCUUAACGUCGAGGCAAAGGAGUUUGCGCCAACGGGACAACUUCCUUCGCAACAGUUGCCUUUCCAACAGCAAAACGCCUUCCAAUUUCCGAAGCUGGAGCACUCCGUAUUCACUUUUGGCGCUGAACAACCUGCUGGAAGGCUCAAUGUUGCUGCUCCUUCGUUUACUCCGGGUAAAAUUGAGACUGUUUUCCACGGCAGCCAGAGCAGCCAAUCCCGUGAAUUCAAGUUCUCAGCCCCGUCUACUGCUUCCCUGAAUGUCGCUGCGCCGGAGUUCAACCCUGGUAGGACUAAGAUCUUCGGCGACAUUGAUAUAACAAAAAUCGCCAACUCCGCCAAAAAAUCGAAGGCGAUACCGAUCGUCCGACCGGAUGAAGCGAAGGGAGAGGAACAAAGCAAGGUACCAAAAGAGACAAUGGACGAUCGUGGCCGGCCAGUUCCUACUGAUCGACACAAGCGUGCUCGACGUGUUGGUGGAAGCGAUGAUGGCGAGGCUAGGUUUAGCAUAUCACAUCCUUUGGGUGAGGCCAAUAACUCGCAGCCUCAGCAGCCGUCAAGCGCUUCUCAACCUGCCGAGGGCAAGGAAAAUGCUCUUCCUGAGCGAGGCACUACAGACUCCGCUGCCGACAAUGAUCCUCUUGAGCGUAAGGGUACACCCGCCAGUGAAGCAUCGACAUGGGCUCCUUCCGAUACUAAAGCCGAUGCGGUCGGGCCGGAUGAUGUUCAACAUCAGAGUCAUGAAGCAGUUGCAGAAGAUGAACCUAGGCAUCAGGAGUCAAAGGAACAGCCCGAACCAACCAAAGAAAUCAAAUAUGUUGAGUUCGGUCAAAAGAGCGCCCUUUCAGCCUCAGCAAAGCCGUUCAGCUUCAAGCCGUCCAUUGCUGAAUUUGUACCAUUCAUCGCUGAACCACCAGCACCUCCUCCCAAAGACACGCCACCAAAGCAGAAUAAAGGCUUAAUGUCUUCGCGCUACGCUGUUGCGAGUCCGCCACCAUCAACACCUGCGCAGCGGUUAUCCACAGAACAAUCGGCUUCUGCUAACCCUAACACAGAGGAUCAGCCUAAAGAUAUCCCCCGUAAAGCUGAGGAUAAUAAGUCGCAUAUUGCGAAUGACCAGGAUUCCCCCAAUGAAGAACAGCUUAAUGCCGUUAUGGAUCAGCUUAACGAGGAUUCUGACAUUGGGGUUGAGCGGAUCAGUACCCCGAAACCCCCAAGCCACCUCCCAGAGCCAGUCCAAGGACCGUCAAAGGAGAAACGCCAUGUUCAGGCAGACAACAGGAGCGAGCCUCCGAGCCCUAGCCCUGGAAGGGGUGCUGUAUCUCAUACUCUCCAUGUACCUAAACUCGACUUCGAUGCACAGUCUCAGUUCUCUGCCACUCCUACCAAGGGCGUGGCCUCCAACGCACACUCACCUGUACGACAGUUAAUGAGUCAGAAUGACCACAUCAGCGACUGGGAUGAUGUGUUUUCUCCUGGAGAAGAUGUCAAGCUGGCAUAUCGAAGCAGGUUCUUUGAUCGCCGUGUCAAUGAGCUUCUCGGCUCCGCCAUUGACGAACGGCUCUAUCCUUUGGAAAACGCACUUGGCGCCAUUCAAGAAUCUCUUGCGGCUUUGACUUCCGCUCCUGCCCAGAAUCCGUUGGCAUUCCGAAGUACUUCUGCUGAAGUAAUGGACAGUGACGCGGAUGACGAAGAUGAGGACUAUGAAGAAGAUGCAUCCUAUAGGCCGAGGUCACCAAUUCGCCGUAGGGAGCGUAAACUCGAGAAGCUUAAGAAUGUUGUUUUGGAAGCUCUAGCAACACGGGACGCUCAGCCUGCUCCUGCUCCAGAACAGCCCGCGUUGGAGGAAAUAGUACAGCUUCGCAACACUGUCACCGAACUACAUGCGAUGACAGCGCAGAACCUCUCUCAGAAUCCUACCGCCGGCUUACGCGAGAUGAUUCAGGAAGUUGUCGCAGCUCAGCUCAACUCUCGCUCACGUUCGGAUGCGGAAGAAAUUGGCGCCGACAACCUCAUGCUCCAGAUUAAUAAUUUGAAAGACAUGCUCAGAGGGGCCGAUGAUCGAACCGAAAACGAGUACAGGAAGCGAAGACAAGCACAGGACACUAUCGCACAGCUCCAGCGGCUUCUCAAGGAUGUCGAAGAGGAAUCUGCGCGUCAUAGUGCGGCUGCUGAAUCUGCUGAAGCACGACUGCUGCAAUUCCAACAAGAAAAGAUACCGUACUACGAGAGCUUCCAGCAAAAAGCUGCUAUGCUUGAAGAGGAACGCGAAAGCACUAGGUUGACCCUCGAAGAGCUCUCUUCCAAGAACAUCUCUCUCCAGGGCACGCUCGAUGAGUACCGCUUCAUGGCUGAUAGCGCAAAGCGCGAAACCGAGGAAACCAAUGCUCGCUUGGAGGAGAUCAAGGCUGAAAACAAUCAACUGCGCAACACUGUUGCUAACAUGAGGGUGCGUAUUGAGGACGGCUUGCACAUUCGCCAGAACCUCAGCGGAAGAAUGGAACAGCUUCAGGAUCAAUUAGCAGCUCUCACUGGGGAGAUCGCCCGUGACCAGGCCUCUUGGCGACGCAAAGAGGAAGAAUUGAACGCUAAGUAUAGUGAACUACGGGCAUCCCACAACCGGGAAACAAAAUUGCGUGAACAGCUUGAGAGUGAGGUCACGAAGCUGGAAGAGCAGGAGCGCGAGGCGGCAAAACUGAAGUUCAUAUUCGGGCAGUCGCAGCAGGAGAACGAACGACUCGAGGAGCUCGUCAGCGAAUUGAGGCAAAAGAACCAGGAAUUGGACAUGAAGGCAAGCCGCUUCGAGCGAGAAUUCAAUGAAGCUCGCGAGAGUAGCAGAGUUGAGAUUCAGCGUACAAGAACCUCAAUGGAAAUGGAGAUCGAGGCUGCUACCACUCAGGUCAACAUUGUCCGUGCCGAGCUUGAGGCCCAGAUCGCACGCCUUGAAACUCAAUUGGAUAAUGCCAAACUCGACAGCGACACAGCCCGGGAGCGAUACGAAAUGCUACUUGAGGAAGCGCAUGAAACAAAGGCUACUGCUGUAGCUAGCGCCAUCGAGUCAAAAGAGUACUCUAUGGAGGAACAGCGGAAACUGCAUGAACGUGUUCUCAAUGACCUCCGUGAACGUCACGCUCGCGUUAUGCAUAACUCUUCCGAAGAUAGACAGCGGACAGAGAACCAUUACAUCGAGCGGCUGCAGUUCUCAGACGACAAGAUCAAGCACCUUCAGGAGCGAGUGGCGCAUCUCGAAGAGAAGCUCGAGAUCGCCCAGUCAGCUGCCCGUGCCGCUGCUGAAGCUGCGCAGUCAGCCAAAUCUGCUGGACCGACCGCGCCCUCACACUCAAGCACUCCUUCCCUGCCGAUCAACCCAGGAUCGUCGGUGCCUGAGAAGAUCUCUCCCCAGGCCCUACGAGAGUCAAUCCUGGUUCUGCAAGACCAGCUACAGCAGCGUGAAACCCGCAUUGACGAGCUUGAAGCCGAACUCUCCGCUGUCGACAAAGAUGCUCCAACCAAGAUCAAGGAGAGGGACUCGGAGAUUACUUGGCUGCGUGAACUUCUGGGUGUCCGUCUGGAUGACCUCCAGGAUAUCAUCAACACCUUGUCACAGCCGUCGUUUAACAAGGACUCCGUGCGCGAUGCCGCUAUUCGCCUGAAGGCAAACCUUCAGAUGCAGCAGCAGGAGAAAGAAAGAGCCAUGAAUGGCCAAACUUUUUCGAGCUUGCGCUCCCUGUCUGAACUAACCGCGUCUCCGCGAGCUUUACCUCUCGCAGCGGCGGCAGCAUGGGGCAGUUGGCGUAAGGGAAGGGAGAAUGCGAACUCCGAGCAGACUCCCUCGAAACCCAGUCCGGCAACUUCUUUCCUCUCCGGGCUUCUCACGCCUCCCAGCUCGAACACGCGACAGGGUGGUCCGAACAACAGCGCAACAGCUGGCCCUAGUUGGAGAAGGCCAUCGGAAACUCGACCGCUCAAAAGCGCCGAUGCUACCCCUAGACCCCUAUCUUCCCGUGCCGCCGGCAAGAUGCGAGAGCCACCAACCACCCCGCCGCUCCUCCGGGGGUCAAGCUAUGACCACGACGCCGAGCCUACCGACUAUACGGCGGCAGAAUCACCAACGGAAUCCGUCGUACAAUCUCCCCACGAGGAAGACGAUAGCACCGCCGACGGAUUCGUCUCAGCCUCUCCGAAGGAGAUAGCCGACGGUCCCUUUGGCCCACAAAUAGCAUGAUACCGAUAGACUGUCUAUAAUCUUCUCUGCCUUGACUACUUUCUUUUGUUCAUCUGUUCAUCUCCAAAACUGUGUUAAUACGGCGCGUGCUUUCUCGUUAUAUUUUGAUUUGGACAUCCCACCCCUGCUAGCUAAGCUACCUAUCUAUCUGACUUCUUGUAUUUAAUACCGGUGGGAGUUCUCCUGCUAGCUUUUAUCUCUUGAUAUUUAUUGUCCUCGUUACCUUUACCAGAUACCACCUGCU